AUGAUGCCCAAGCGUCCCAACGACAGCUACCGCACUCACCGCGGUUACUACCGUGAGGAUGACGACCUGACCGUCACCGAGGGUGCCAUCCAGCGUGAGCGCAAGGAUUGGAGCACCUACCGCAAGACCGAUACCUUCAUCGCCAUCUUUGGUGCGAUCUUCAUCGCUACCCUCCUUGGCGGUGCCAUUGCGGUCGGCAUUUACUAUGCUACUGGUGGUUCCCCCAACUCUCAGGUCGGCCAGGGCUCCAAUGCCCACAUCGUUCCCCGAUUCGCUGGCAUGAAGUACAACUCCAACGGCACUCAGACCCACGGCAUGAACUCGACCCUCUCUGGCAUGGCUACCACUGGUACCACGACUCUCUGCGAGGAUGAGGCCGAUGAGACCAUUACCGUUACUCAGUUCCUGGGCAACACCAAGACCGCCUCCGUUGACACUACGAUUACGACCUACGUCCAGAUGACUCUCACCCAGACUCUUCACAAGUCUACUCAGGGUACUACCGUCUCGUCUGCCAAGCCCGUCAACGCGACCCUGUCCGGCUCUUCUAUUGUCUCUCUGUCUAUUCCAGUUGUCACUGAGGUCAUCACUACCUCUGUCACUGAGACUGAGUUCCACACGGCCACUGCCCACCAGAGUAACGUCGCGUCCGAGUCUUCUAUCGCGUCUACUAGCGAGGCUGCUUCUGAAGUCGAGAGCUCUUCUGCUCAGGUCACCUCGGUCUUCCUAACCAAGACCCUGACCCAGACCCGCAAGACUACUGUCAAGGCCUCUCCCAUGUCUACUUCUGAGGAGUUCUCUUCCACCACCACGGUCACUCCUACGACGGUUAUUGAAUCAACCAUCUACGUCACCGCAGAGCCCCCAGCCUCCUCCACCCAGGCCCAGUGCUCCCUCGAGGUCGAAGACCAUACCGUCUACGUCACCGUCACUGAGACCGUCACUCCCAGCCCAUCCGGCUCUUUGAGUGCUCAGUCCAAGACCUCAAAGACCUCGUCCAAGACGUCUUCCUCCUUGGCUCCCCUUUCCGAUGCCACCGACACCAUUUCGGUCACUUACACGGUCACGAUUGACAGCCUGACUCCCCCGACCAAUCGCCCCAUCUUCAGCCGGUCUUCCUCCAAGACCUCUUCCACGCUCAUUUCCCACUCCAAGUCGAAGUCGACUGUCAUUGUCACCCAGGUGGCCACCCAGACCUUCAUCGUCUCCAUCGGUAACGGAACAACAGUUUCUUCCCAGCUCGCCCACGUCGGCACUCCAAUCUUUACCAACCUCCCCUCCUCCGGAACCGCCCAGGCCUCAAUCGCCACGGACGUCGUCGUCAUCACCAAGACGAUUACUUCCAACGUGUUCCAGACCGUCAGCGCCUCUUCCUCUUCGCCCUCGGCCGAUGUCCAGACCGAUACCCAGACCUCCGUCGUCACCGUCACCGCCAUCCCCUCCUCUAGCUCCUCCGAGUCUUCCCAGUCUGGCAAGUCAUUGAUCACCACAAUCUACCUCACCGAUCGCGCCACCCAGACUGUCACGAUUGGAGGCAUGGCCACAGUGACCGUCCGCCCCGAGCAGUCUAACUCCUCCGUCUCUGGUCCCUCCAACUCCACCGGAACUGAGACCAAGGUCAUCACCAAGUCCGUGUCCAGAGUCGUCCACACCCGUACCACCACCGUCAGCGGCAAGAUCUUUACUUCCCUGAUCACCGUCUACAAGAACGUGACCGCCACCGCCACAGUCGGCGUCUCCUCGUCCUUGUCUGGCUUUAGCAAUACAACGGUGACCGCUACCGCGACUGCUACCUCUGUGUUUGAGCUGCCAGUCACGGUUAACACGACCAUCUACAUCACCGGCACGCCCAUGAUGCACCCCACCGCCCCUAGCACCUCCCAGCCUCUCUUCUCCAACGGAACCGCUGCGACCUCUUCCACCAGCCAGGUCCUGACGACCUACUACUUCCCCACGCUGACCUCGACUGUCACUGAGCAGCCGAUGAGCACCAGCACCGUGGUCGUCGUUUCUGGCGCAGACAAGCACGCCGAGGCCAUCAUGGGAGGCUGCAAGAGCUGCACCAUCUUGCUGGCCAUCUUUGUGCUGGGCCUGAUGGUUCUGUUCUAA